UUUUCUUUUCACUCCUUUACUACUUUUUUUUUUUACAUCUUUUUAAAAUAUAUGGUACUCGUGUCCUCAUCCAUCUUUUUAGCUGUCACAUUAUUGGCAUCUUUAAUAGGGGGUCAUGAGACUUCAACUGAUGAAAAAUCAAAAGUAUUAAUUUUGACUGAAGAUACUUUUGAACAAGCUUUGACAUCUUUUCCUCUUUUACUGGUCAAGUUUUAUACACCAUGGUGUAGUUAUUGCAAAGCUCUAGCUCCCGAAUACGAAACAGCUGCAGAACAAUUAGCUAUCAAUGACCUUCCUUUGGCCGAGGUGGAUUGUUCUGUAGAUGAAGACCUUUGUACCGAUAACGAUGUCGAUAGUUUUCCAACACUCAAACUUUUCCGUCUGGGGAUCCCUAAUUUAUAUGAAGGACCUCGACAAUCAGAAGCUAUUAUCAAGUAUAUGCGACGACAAGCCUUACCUACUGUGACCCAUUUGACCGAUAAGGAUGAAUUAGAAAAGUUUACUCGUUCUGAUACUUUGGUGAUUAUUGGUUCGCAACAACAUGAAAACGAUACAUUUGGAACUGUCUUUACUACUUUGGCACAACAAUUACGUGACAGAUAUCUUUUUGGUUGGUUAGAUGCCUACAACAAGACAGAUCUAAUACUAUACAACAAUCAUGGCGAUCAUCAGAUGGAGGAUAUAUAUACGGGUGAUUUGACAGAUGCAGAUCAGAUUCUUUCAUUCAUUAGACGACAUGCAACACCGGUGUUUGGAGAAAUUGGACCUGACAAUUAUUUGGAUUAUGAACAAGCUGAACUUCCUUUAGCUUAUUUAUUUGUGGAUUCUGAUACUAUGUUGGCUUCGUUUCGUGAUACUCUUCAGUCUUUGGCUAAAGAUUAUCGAGGCAUCAUGAAUUUUGUGUAUAUUGACGCACUUGCUUAUCCUGAACAAGCGGAAUAUCUGGGCAUCGACACUUCCAACAACAAUGCACAAUUAUCCUUAUGGCCAGCAUUUGUAAUUCAAGAUACCAAGUCAAGGCGAUUCGUUCUUUCGUCAACCAAAUCUGAAGAGGUGGAUGCUUUAUCAAUAGAAACACAUGUGAGGCUUUUUUUCCAAAACAAGUUGGUACCAUUUGUGGCUUCUGAUCCUGUACCUGAAUCGAACACGGAUGCGGUCAAGGUCGUGGUAGGGUCUCAAUAUCAUGAGCUGGUGACGAUGUCAGAUCAAGAUGUGUUAUUGGAGGUGUAUGCACCCUGGUGUGGUCAUUGCAAAGCUCUGGCACCUGUGUGGACUCGAUUUGCUGAUUUAGUACAACAACAACAAUACCCUUUACGUGUAGCCAAGAUGGAUGGAACGACAAAUGAUAUACCUCCGGAUGAUCCUGCUACUUUUGAUGUGGAAGGAUUUCCAACCAUUGUUUUUAUUGAAGCACAUUCACAUAGGAUCGCUUUUUAUUCUGGUAAUCGUACUCUGGCAAGUUUGGCAGCCUUUAUCCAUGAACAACAACAACAACAAAGGAUCAUGUUGGAACUACCGAUAGAUGAAUUGGAUGAACAAAAGGAUACGACUUUGGAUGACAAUCACGAUCAUUCUACUGAUGAACAUAAGAUUGACAAUACCGAACAACCUCUGGAGGAAACUACUACUACUACUACUACUACUACUACAACCACUCCCUUUGUCCAUGAUGAAUUAUAGUGAUAGAUUAUAUAUGUAUUUUUUUUUUCGAUUAUGAAUCAACAUCAAAUAAAACAAAAAAUAAAAAAUAGUUUUAUUUUGAAUAUUGUUUGAAAUAAAUAUAGGUCUGAUGAAAAAGCAAGAAU